GGAGCGGGGCUGUUGCUAUCAAUAUGGCGGUUGUCAGCCAGACAAAGACAGUCAGUCUGAUGUGAUUGAGACAUGUGAGGUUUUCAGGGGGAGACUGGGAGAUAGGGGCCUCCCCUCCCACCUAGGCUCUUCCUGUGAGGGCCUGGAGCCCUCCUCAGCCCCUCCCGCAGGGCGCCCCGCGGUGAAGAUCCCCUCCCCCUCCCGCCUUCCUCCUCCCUCCCUCAGCCUUGCACUGGGACGCUGGGGAGGGGGCUGAGCCGGGUGCAGAGAACUCUCAGCUGGAUUUCCGAGAAUGGUAAAUAAGGCUGGCCAUCUUUGGAAAGGCCAUUGAUCUGCCUCAUGUAAAGUAUGCUCAGCUCCUUUCCAGUGGUUUUGCUGGAAACCAUGUCUCACUAUACAGAUGAACCCAGAUUUACCAUAGAACAGAUAGAUCUGCUCCAACGUCUUCGGCGUACCGGGAUGACCAAACAUGAAAUUCUUCAUGCAUUAGAAACUUUGGACCGUCUUGAUCAAGAGCAUAGUGAUAAGUUUGGAAGGAGGUCCAGCUACGGGGGAAGCUCAUAUGGGAACAGUACCAACAAUGUUCCAGCAUCUUCCUCUACAGCCACAGCUUCCACGCAGACCCAGCANUCGGGAAUGUCCCCAUCACCCAGCAACAGUUACGAUACCUCCCCACUGCCUUGCACUACCAAUCAAAAUGGGAGGGAGAACAAUGAUCGAUUGUCCACAUCCAAUGGGAAGAUGUCACCAUCUCGCUACCAUGCAAACAGCAUGGGUCAGAGGUCAUAUAGCUUUGAGGCCUCAGAAGAGGACCUAGAUGUAGAUGAUAAAGUGGAGGAAUUAAUGAGGAGGGACAGCAGUGUGAUAAAAGAGGAAAUCAAAGCCUUUCUUGCCAAUCGGAGGAUUUCCCAAGCAGUUGUUGCACAGGUAACAGGAAUCAGUCAGAGUCGAAUCUCUCACUGGCUGCUGCAGCAGGGAUCAGAUCUGAGUGAGCAGAAGAAAAGGGCGUUCUACCGAUGGUAUCAACUUGAGAAGACAAACCCUGGGGCUACGUUAAGUAUGAGACCUGCCCCCAUUCCAAUAGAGGACCCUGAAUGGAGACAAACACCUCCCCCAGUCUCCGCCACACCUGGAACCUUCCGGCUUCGACGAGGGAGUAGAUUUACCUGGAGAAAGGAGUGCCUAGCUGUCAUGGAAAGUUACUUCAAUGAGAACCAGUACCCAGAUGAAGCAAAAAGAGAAGAAAUUGCCAAUGCUUGCAAUGCAGUCAUACAGAAGCCAGGCAAAAAGCUGUCUGACCUGGAACGAGUUACCUCUCUGAAAGUAUAUAAUUGGUUUGCUAAUCGACGGAAGGAGAUCAAGAGAAGAGCCAAUAUCGAAGCAGCAAUCCUGGAGAGUCAUGGGAUAGAUGUACAGAGUCCAGGAGGCCAUUCCAACAGUGACGAUGUGGACGGGAACGACUACUCCGAGCAGGACACUUGGCAAGCACGCAAUGGGGAGGAGGAGGAGGGAAGAAGUUCAGAGGGAGGCAGAGAAGCAGAGAAGGAUGACAGCACCAGCCAUAGUGACCACCAAGAUCCCAUCUCGCUAGCUGUGGAGAUGGCGGCCGUCAACCACACUAUCUUGGCAUUGGCCCGGCAGGGAGCCAAUGAAAUCAAGACAGAGGCCCUGGAUGAUGACUGAUCAGGGAGUUAAACAGUUAACUUAGUUUAGACGUAGCACCUUAGCAGACUUUCCUCGGUCCUUAACAUGUGUUCUUACAGUAUAACUUACAGUUUCUUGUAUGUCAGGUAGCCAUUAGGGUCUUGUUCUGUGAAGAUGGCAUGGUGCCCUCAGCCUUUGCAUAUACUCUCUCAGUAUUAAAAUUCCAGUAAGUAAGAAGCAAACAAACACACUUCCCUCUCCCAGCCCCUGAGGCUAAAAAAGAAAAAUCUCGCUGCUCCGUCUUAGCAUUCCAAGAAAGUGCUUCCAGGUAUUUAGAUAACCCUCAGUUCUCAAAUAUUAGGCUCUGUGUGAAAUCUCGGGUACCUUUAGAUUCAUGUAACACUAGGCUGUACCUCGUCCGUCCCUGCCCUAAGACUGAUAGGAUGCAAGCUGAGGUAGUGGCACAGGGCCGACAGACACCAUCUGGGAAGUGUCCAUGGAGCGGAGCACAAGGAACACUAGCGCCCGCCUCGGCGUGAGACUCACUGAUUCAGCUGCAAUAAGCCGUGCCUCCUAGUCACAGUGUGGCCGGGCUCUACUUCUUUGGGUGCUGUGUUAAGAAUGCCAUUGGAAUCCCAAGCUCAGAUCUUGGUUAAUGCUAACAUGCCCAACACAGACAUCCUUCUCUCUUACGAGCUGUGUGACCUAGUAGAUAAUAUACUGCCUUCUGCCUUUGGGACCACGAUUCUAAAACAAAAAGGACAAAAACCAAGUUCUGAAAAGCAAAGGCCAGCUUGAGAGCGAGAGCAGUAGGGAAAAGCGUGAGCUGAAUGUCGGAUGGAUGCUGAGCCCAGUUCUCAGAGCCGCUAUACAUUCCACAGCGCGAUGCCAGCGCCUGCCCGGGAAAGUGUUGGAGUUACCUUGGAAGUUGCUUGGCCUUCUGUCGGUGCCCCCUCCCUGCUACCAAAAAGGAUAGAGCUGAGGUCCUGAGUGAGUGAAAGAGCAGGCUUGGUGCCCAUCACCUGAAGCCCACCCAGAGUCGUUAGGACUCUUGCUGGGGACUAUGGCAACUUGACUGUCACACAUGGAGGUCCUUGCCUAGCUAGGGGCAGAAAAAGCAGGGGGCAUUUAUCACCUACAUCAUGAGCGUGUGGGACAGCAGGAUGUCUUUGCUGUCUUCUCUUUAUCUGUCCUUGUGGAGGUGUGAAAGCUAUAUUGCUACAGGCAAUUUAUUUAAUAAUUGGAAGCCAUAUUGAUAAUGGAUGUGGUGAUAUUUGUAGUUUAAUCUACUUUAAGCGGCAGUAACUAAUGGAAUUUUUUUCCUUGAUCAUAUAUGUAGCACUUUUGUUACUUUUUAAAGAUAUUUAUAUUUGAUAAAUCUUUUUUUCAUUUUGAGAACUCAAAAUACCAAACAGUGAACUUGCGUUAUAAAGUCACCCUGUGGUCACCUUGUCAUCUAGUAGCAAAAUGAUGAACUAUUCAUGCAUCAAAGAAAAUUACAUCUGCUGGCCUUGUGUGAAAAUGAUCUCCUGGAGCCCUGAUUAAAUAGCACACUGUCACUGUGGGUAAGAAGAACCAGCCUUCAGUGACUUGGUGCAGUGUGUGCUGAGAGGCUGAGCGUUCCCUGCCUCCUCCCAUCUCCCCUCUGUCGCGUCUGAAGAAGCCUUGCUUAGAAGGCAGUGUGGAGUGAGCCUUUGAGCAGGCUUCCAUCUUUUUGUCCAUGCCUGAACCAAUCUCUAAGAUAGAAAGAAGGUGCCGUCUCCUCACCCCUGCUUCCUCACCAAGUGUGUCCGACCCUCCUCGCUUUCCCCUGUGCGCUGACCAGAUACUCGGUAUCCGCAGUGUUUAGCUGGUCUUACUGAGGCACACUCUGUCUAGAUUAUCCCUUAGGUAUAAGUCUUGGUUACAGGGGUGUGAGGAGUCACGUCAUCUUUGAGGAGCUGAGGAUGCUACCCCACCUACGUCUGUGACUUUGAAGGGCACUAGGUAGGGCUUGGCCCUGCUCCUAUCAGUAGAUUUCAGGGGGAAAUGUAUGCAUUUUUCCCAGCUCUGAGACCUGAAGUAAAAUGGAGCCAUCUUCUCUUACUGUAUUACUUGAACCACAAAUUUAAGAGUAGCAUUUCUUAUUCUCAGGAACGAGUCCCCCGCACCCACUUAGACUCUCGCGUGGUUUCUUUGAUCCGUUUGUCUGUUUCACUUGAGAGAUUGCAUUACCUGUCUUUCUCACCUUCCUUUUGUUUACUUAGAAGGAAUAUUCCUAUUAUGUCUAUCCAUUUUGGUUGAGUUUUAUCUGCUUAUUCUCAGUUGAAUCAGAAAGAACAGGAGAGGAGGGGAAAAUGUAUUUUUCUGGCAAGGCACAUCCAUGAUUUAUCAUGAGAUUAUGAUGAUUGACAGCUUCUUUAGGGUGUGGCUGCUCCUGUCGUUUGUUCUCUCUUGCUGUCUUAAAGGAACAGGCUCCAGCUGUUAAGACAGCUCCAGUCUCUAAGGGAACUUCUGAACAGCAGAAGGGCAGAGUGUUCUGUCAUCCUAGGGCCUUUUAGAGAAAGCAGUGCAGCAGAGGAUACCAAGCCCUGGCUUGGUACAGGCAGUGCCAGCCCUGUGUGGCAGUGUGGUGGUACUGGAAAAGUACAGGCACCAUGGAGGCUGGCUCUGUGCUGAGCUAGCUAGAAAGUCUGUCGCAUGCCCACAGACUCUCAGCCUUACAGGGAACCUGCGCUCUCACCUACAGCAGGAGUUUGCUUCUUUGGGAUCAAGGUUCAAAAACUACCAUCGGUCAGUUUUCCCUGGGGUCACCAGGUUUGAUUCUACUUUUGAGUCUCAACUCUUGGAAUGGCCACAGAACAUCCGCAGUCAGACUCAUCCACCCUUUGUGCUUCUCUUGCUCACCCUGUCUGCUCUCAUCUCCUUCUGUAUUUCUUGUGGUCCCAGAGCUCUUUUAGAUUGUAUCUUCUCGACCAGUGACUACUGGAAGCAGCAGAGGAGGGGAGCAGGCGCUCAUAGACUGUGGUGAUGUUUAUUUAAGAAUUACUGUUGCUGGAUAGGAAGGAAGGAGAGCAGGCAUUUGUAGACUGUGUAAUGGUGUUUAUUUAAGAAUUACUGUUGCUGGAUAAGAAGAGAGGGAAGCAGGUGUUCAUAGAAUGUGCUAUGACGUUUAUUUAAGAAUUACUGUUGCUGGAUAGGAAGGUAAUUUCCCACCUUCUGGUUCCUUACAUGGCGGGCGGCCUGUUAACAAAGGACCAUCUUAAGAUAUUCCUACCUACCUGAGACAGUCACCAGGAAGGGCAUUGCUCUCCUGUGUGACUAUCCAGGGCCCUCAGACCCAGGAGACACUCGUUCACAGCAGGCAUGUUGAUGUUUGUGUUGAACGCCCCAUAGGGCAGGUUACAGGAGGAGAGAACCUGGGGUGGGGAAGCAGACAGCCGGUGUUCCUUUCGCUCCAGCUCACUAGGUGACCUUAGAAAGAUGAGGGCAUUGGAAGCCUGCUUGGACUACUGUGCUCUGCUCCAGAGCUCUGGUUCCUGGGAGGUUUGUCACUCUCAGCCACACCCAUUAUUUUUGGACCAGACAUCUGGGAAUGUUUUUACCUCGUGGGAACGGCACAUGGAAAGCUGAUAUAGUGGUCUGUGUUCUAUCUGGCUUUAGGAACUCUUGCUUUAAACUCCUUGGAGAUGAGUCGUCAGGCACCGGCUACAGCAGAUGCUGUUCCGGCGGGAUGCUCCAGCACUCUGUCCAUCCACAUGGCUUCUCUUCCUUCCAUUCUGUGUCUCAGCGCUGUGUCUUUGUCUUGAGCUGACAUCACUGGACGUUUUCUCUUCUCUGAGCACAGACUUAGUGGGUAGUGUUAGUCUGCUCUGAAUACAGACCCUCAAGGUUCCAUCUGCCAAGCCUGUUACCUUUGUGUACACAGUGAAAAGAAUCCCGUCCCAUAGUGGCUUCUCUCUUAUGUGUUCCCUUCAAGUCCUCUCUCCCUGGUCUCAAGAAGGUUAUGGUUAGAUGCAGAACUCCAUCUAACCAGCUCUGCUCUAGCCCAGAGCUUUCUUCCUCUUCUGCUCAGAGAACAGCCUGCAUUUUCCUCUGUGAGCCUCACCAAGUUCUUAGGCAAUAACUUCUUAGGUGGUGGUGGCCUCCUGCUCAGCAGUUCUCUGCUCCUGCAUGAGCAUCCGUCUCUCCACCUCUGUGACGUCAUCCUCUUGCUAUGAUUAUUAGCUAUGUUUUACUACUGUAUUUACUGAGGCUGUACUGAGACUAGCCAAUUCCACGUACAGCAUUACUGAGCCGAAUUUAUUUUUGUAAGAUUUCCCAAGUGAAGGUUGGGCACAUGGACCGGUUCUGCUGUGUGUGUGAGUGGAGCUGGGUGGGGAUGUACUGGGGCAGGGGCAGGAACUGCAGAGGCACAGCUCUCCUUUGUUUGUGUUAUGUUACAUUGCAGAUGUGUUUACUCAGGAUUGGGCCACCAGUUGUCAGCCAUACUGGAUUUAACAAACUGCACUGCUGCUGUGAACACCCUUUCCAUUUGUCUCCUUAUCGUUUGUUACACUGUAACAGUGAGCACCUGGCAACAGGGGAUGGCUUGCAGGGAGGCAGCCACACAUGGCCAUAGCUUUCUUAGGCUUUCAUGGUAGCAUGUAGUCAGAACAGGUGCUGUGUCCUGCAUAGAGACCUUCGUUACACUCCUCCAUUUCAAAGAUGGCCCAUCACUUAAGAAGAGUGAUUUUCUUGCUGCACUAGGGAACUGACAUACAAAGGCCAUAGGGAAGGCUUUCAGGCCUAGGCCCGUCACAUCAUCAAGCCAGUGUUCUGGUUGCAAAAGUGCAUCUCUUAUAGCAUACAUUCUAAAAGACUUUUCUCAGUGCCAUCUGUUUCUAAUCUUAAGGGGAGACACUACUUCUUACGGCAGCAUACAGGACUGACAUGCUUAAAACGAAGCUUUAUGCACAUCUAUGGACUGGUAGAAGCUGGAAGUUUGGACAUUGCGAGGUUUCUGUAGAUACUUCAUUACACCAUGUGUGUGGAGGGGGAGGUAAUGGAGAAAAAAAAAAGUCAGCAACCCAAGCCACCCAAACCCUUACAACACUAGUUUUCCUCCUUAACCAAGAGAGGACAAGACUGACAGAAGGCUGAAGGGAGGUUCAGCUUGCCCGCCUAGCGGUUGCCUUGGGAUCCCCGAUAUAUAUGUCCCCAAACUGCUUUAUCAUUCUUGGCGCCCAGGCAGAACUAAAGCUCACUGCUCCUACUCCGGUGAGGUGUGAGAGUGGCCGCCUUCCACUGCUGGGGCUUCCCUCUUGCCUUUGCUAGGGAGCAGGGGAACUACGCUGCCAUCCUGGGCUUACAGACCCUCUCUGUGGCCAGUCUUCAAGCUGUACAGCUCCAGCACUGUUGUUGGGAAGUUUGAUGCCCCACUUAGAAUGCCCAGGAGGCCAGCUCCCCUGACUGCAUGUCUGUCGUUUCUCUCUUUAAAUAAGACUGGCUCCAUACAGCCAUAAUUAACUCACAAAUUCACGAUGGUGUGCUGUGAUCAAAUGAAGGUUUGGCAGAAUCUUUCUUCAAAUUGUAGCCAUGGUAAUUGAGGGGGGUGGCAUAGAAUGAAUAUAUAAAAGUAUAAUGGCAAUUGUUCCGAAUGACUGAGUGUCCUCCUGACAUGUAAUUAGCUGUUUUAGCAGGGUGUAGAUUGGCAUGGUCAUAAUUAAGAGGAUUUCUGUCCUUUAUGUGAUUGAGAAUAGCAGAGCCCAUCCUCGUUCCCUUUGAGCACUAAUGCUCCUGAGAACAUUUUGGAACAACAGCUCAGUAAACCAAAAUAAUGAUAUGGGAUUCAUCUCCCACCCGAGUGAGAGAGCACUGGGAAGCAUUUCAGGUCCAGAAUGGAAGGCUUUGCUUAUUGCUGGAUCUGACUUCCAAAUUCUCUUAAACCUCUUGUGUCCAGUUUCAUCUUAUUCUACUUUGACCAGAAACUAGUCAAUAUCUCAAACUGAGGCAGCCUCUGGCAGAGCCUCCUGGUCCCCAUCCUUUCCUGGGGACACUUGCUGCUUAACUGGGCUUCCUGGGAUUUUCAGGCUUCUCCUUGGAAACUUGAUUGUUUCCACUGCCGUGACCAUCAGAAAGUAUUUGCCACACGGAAGUCUGCAGUUGAGUAGGGUUUUCCUCAUGGGACAUGACGAGAUCGGGCACACAUCGACCUCCCACAGGAACGCGUGGACUUGGGCUCCAGGGUGUGCACCCAAGCUUGCUCACAUCUACCAUGUUCAGCCAUCGCAAGUCCCUAGAGCUAUUCUGCUGUCAGGAUGGGUUCCUGGCUCUUCUGAAGUCAUGUUCUCUGCCCCCCACUUCGUUUUUCUUUAUGCACCUGUGCCUUCAGGCGGGCAUCAUAUAAUCCUCACAGCCUGUAGUGUCCUCCUAACUAGGAACUGCAGAACUCACUCCACUCUCCAGCGGCUUAGUUUGGACUUUUUCUUUUUUUUCUAGUCAUCCUUUGCAGGAGCCUUGAUUCAAUUAGAGCGUCAGAAGGGUCCACCGGGAUGCCAGCAGCUACCAGUGCUAAGUGGCCUUUUAUAAG